AAUUAUUGAAAGGCUCGGCGAGAGAGAGAGCAUCAACAUUCUCCCCCAACCCUAACCCUAAUUUUGCUUCGACGAUCUUCGAUGGCGAGCGGCAAGCAGAGCGAAUCUCACCACCGCAAGCACCGCCGUUCUCCUUCUUCUUCUUCCUCACCUGAGGAGGAUAAAUCUUCGAAGCGGCGCAAGCAUCGCAAUCACAAGCACCACCACCGUCAUCGCCGUGAUAAGAAGCGCGACGAGGAAAUCGAACAUAGCGGAGAUGAAACAGUUGCUUUGGUGACGUCUGAUUCUCCUCAUCCGGUGGUUCCUGCUGCGGUGAGUAACGGCGGCGACGAUGAUGUGGAGGAGGGAGAGAUUCUAGAAGAAGAGGUUCCUGGUGAGAUUUUGAAGAAGAGAUCAGAUUCUGACGGAGAGUCUGGAGAAAUCAAAUCCGACCGUUUUCGGGAAGAUAAUCCGCCUGUCCGUGAAGAUAGUCUUCCUGCGUCGACAGUUGUAGAUGACCAGAAUAGUGGAAAAAAGGUACAUCAAGGCAAAGAAGGCAUCUAUAAUGGUAUUUCUGGACAUAAUUCAGAGAGAAGUGGUAAGAAAAGUUAUGGUAAUAACUAUAAAGAGGAGCUUGUUCAGAGUCAGUUGGGCAAUGCCAGGAGCUCAUUUUCCUCAGGAAGUUCUGAAGAAAAGCCCAAGAGUAUUACCUGCUCGCCUUCAAACAGCAGAUACUCUAGCGAGGUUCGUGCUCGUAGUAGAUCGAGGUCCCAUGAUCGUGAGAGGGAAAUACCAAGAUCACGAAGUGUUAGGGAUCAUCAACAUGAUUUCGUUGGUUUAGGUAGGAAUGAAGAAUGGUAUUAUCGACAUGGAAGAUAUGGGGAAGAUGAUAGACAUUACAGUCGGGAGGUCUUGGAAAGAGAGAGAAGUAGGGAAGAAAGAGAACGUGAGAAGAGAAGGGAGAUAGAUGCUGAAUAUGAAAGAAGAAAAGAGCGAGAGCGCAGCAUGGAUAGAGAUAGGAGGCGGGAGAGGGAAAUAGAUCAUAUACGAGAUAGAGAUAGGGAUAGAGACAAUGAAAGAGAUAAGCAUAGGGGUAGAACCAGGUAUAGUAGUCGAGAGAGGGAGAGACGAAGUGAUAAAGAUAGAGACAAAGGCAAGGAAUUCCAGACUGAAAGGGAGAAGCAUAGAAGUCUGGGUGAUGGCUACGAUGAUUCAAAGCAUAAGCAGUCUAGGUACUCAAGGCAUAGUGCAGAAGAUGACUUAGAAACAAUAAGGUCGAAUUCUGUGAAGGCCCACACUUCUAGGGGUGAGAAGUUAGAAGAAACUAGAGGCACUGGUGGAAGGUCCAGAUACGAGAAUGAGCAAGAUGAUAAUGAGGAAGGAGAAGGAGGUGCUUGGGAACUUCCAGAUCAAGAAGAGGAAGAGCUUAAUAGAAUCAAGGAGGAGAGUAGGAAAAGAAGGCAAGCAAUACUCGAGAAAUAUAAGAAGCAGACAGAGCAGAAAAGUAAUUUUUCUGCACAGGAUAUGGGCAAAGAUUCUGAGCUUGCUGGCACUGUUAAUAAGCCCUCUAGUGUUGUGCUGAACUCUUUCCAAGAAAGUGAUGCUCCAGAGCCCGUCGCUUCCGUAGAUGUUGCGGCAGCUGAUAUUGGUCAAGCUGAAGAUGUUACUGACAUUGAUAUUGUUGGUGGUGAUGUUGUUAAACAAUCAUUGGCAGCUGAGCGGUCACCUCCAUCGCAUUUUAUACCGGAGUCCGAGAGGACACUAGCUCCUGCUGGGCUUGGGGAAGGUACCCCAAAGAGCGAAAGAUCAGCUGACAUUUUUCAUGAUGAUAUUUUUGGGGACUCUCCUGCUGGCAACCGGAAAUUGGCCAAAGGUGAUGGUCUUCCUAUUGUAAGGAGUGGGCUUCAUGAUAACUGGGAUGAUGCAGAGGGUUAUUACAGCUAUCAAUUUGGUGAGCUACUUGAUGGUAGAUAUGAAGUUAUGGCUACUCAUGGAAAAGGUGUUUUCUCUACUGUCGUCCGUGCAAAAGAUUUGAAAGCCGGGCCAGGUGAACCUGAAGAAGUGGCUAUAAAAAUCAUCCGCAAUAACGAGACAAUGCAUAAAGCUGGUCAGACUGAGGUCCAGAUAUUGAAGAAGCUAGUUGGGGCUGAUCCAGAGAACAAGCGGCACUGUGUUCGUUUUCUUUCAAGCUUUAAGUACAGGAAUCACCUUUGCUUAGUGUUCGAGUCUCUCCAUUUGAAUCUUCGUGAGGUUUUGAAGAAGUUUGGUCGCAACAUUGGUCUUAAACUAUCCGCUGUUAGAGUGUAUGCCAAGCAAUUAUUCAUUGCUCUUAAACAUCUGAGGAAUUGUGGGGUUCUCCACUGUGAUAUAAAACCUGACAACAUGCUGGUGAAUGAAGGAAAAAAUGUGUUAAAGCUCUGUGACUUUGGUAAUGCGAUGUUUGCUGGCAAAAACGAAGUUACUCCAUAUCUCGUCAGCCGCUUUUACCGUGCUCCUGAAAUUAUUCUUGGACUUACCUAUGAUCACCCUCUAGAUAUUUGGUCCGUUGGUUGCUGUUUAUAUGAGCUUUACAGUGGCAAAGUUCUCUUCCCUGGUCCUACAAACAACGAUAUGUUACGCCUUCACAUGGAACUGAAAGGUCCCUUCCCAAAAAAGAUGCUUCGCAAGGGAGCAUUUACGGAGCAGCACUUUGAUCAGGACUUGAACUUUCAUGCUACAGAAGAGGACACUGUUACUGGGAAGACUAUAAAGAGAAUGAUUGUAAACGUAAAACCAAAAGAUAUUGGUUCGAUUAUUAAAGGCUAUGCUGGCGAGGAUCCUAAGAUGUUAGCUCAGUUUAAGGAUCUCUUGGACAAAAUCUUCAUCCUUGAUCCUGAGAGGAGACUGACAGUGUCACAGGCAUUAGCUCACCCAUUCAUCACGGGCAAGUGAACCAUGUUGCUGAUUUUUUUUUAGUCGAGAAAUGCUGUUGCCCUAGAUAUCUGUACAUUACAUCUUAAUAAUAUUAAUCGUAAUCAAGACUCUAAUCUUUGGAUUGUCUCUAUCUUCUCUCUGCUGCCUGAGAGCUUUGAUUACAAUGCCCACAAUUGGGGGUGAAAGGGGAUGAUGUUUGGGAGGAGUUCUCAUAACUGGCGAUACUCAGUGGAAUUUACUGGUUCUAUUGACAUAUGCCAAGACUUAGAGACAGUCCUAAAGUCUUUCAAUGCUUUAAAGGCACGCGGGAGAAGGUUUUGCUCGGAGGGGAAGCUGGCACCGGAAAAAAAAAUACAGGCUGCUUCAUCCUAUGGUUUUUGGAAGAUUGGUAAGACUUUUAAGCUUUAUGUCUUGCAUGACCUUUUGUGCAGCUGCAUCCUUUUUUUUCCUUAGGUAGAUAUGCUUCUUUCAAUCUUUUGGGUAAUUUCAAUUGGAAAAGUAGAGAAGGUAGUAAUAGGAGAGAGGAAGAGAGCUAGUGGUAGAUCCAAGCUCACUUGGAAACAAGUUAUUAGUAAUGAUUUGAAGCGAUUAUAAAUAUCGGGGAACUUAACCCAAAAUCGGAAUGAGUGGGAAUGGAGAAUCCAUGUGGCUGACCCCAAAUAUAAGAUUGGGAUUAAGGUGAUGUUGUUGUAGUAGUAUGUAUUUUCAUGAUACUGUGGAACACUUGCACAAGCCUGUGGCGAAAUGCGUUGCUUCUGUAAUUCUAUGAAGUUAAGGGAGCUGCAUACUUUCGUGAUAAAAAUAAAGCACGUCAGGGGCAGAUAUUUGGGCAUUUAUAGUGGUGGACGUCUGAUAUGGAAUACUAGGGACCAGAAUUUGGCUGCAGUGCUUGAUCGGUAAUGUGGAAAAUGGCUUGGUCGGUAGUUUGAAUGAAUUUGUGCACAGGGUGUUAAUUCCUGUUUUAUCCAUCAUGCUUUUGCAACAUGAAGGGUCCUGUCGUGUUGUCCUCGUGUGUUAAAUUUAAGUUUUUAGGACACACUAGUAGAUUUAGGUGUGAGUCAUGGAGAAGCAUGUUAUAGAUCUGCAAAUGUGCAACUCGUUAGUAUUCA